AUGGCCGAAAACCACCCAGAGUCCCUGGAGAGCUUCGAGUUCAUCCAGACUCCUCCUGCUCCUCCGCAACAACCUGCCGAGGACUGCGGUGUGCGCACCACUUCUUACCCCGCGAUCAAGAAUGCUCCUCUACCUGCGGACGGCGCUGGCAGUGAUUCUUUCAACAACUAUGUGUUGAUAGGCUUGUUGAUCGCCGUGCCGGCGUACCUGGCGCGACAGCUCCAUGGAGGACUGUACACGACGAUUUUCCUGGCGACCUUGACUUCGGUGCCGAUUUUGAUGGCCUUUUGGACGGUUGCAUCGUCGAUAUCUCCACGCAAGAACGAAAAGGCGCGGUUCCCCGGCCGGCCGAUCGAACACUACCUGCAUUUCCGGGACGAGGAGGACCGUGCUCGAUAUCAUGGCAAGCACCGCAUUCCGAUGGAGACAUUCCACGAAAUGUACUUCGACGAAAAGGUGGAUUUCAAGGGCGACUGCUUGGAGGUGAUGGAAUACAGGCACGACUGGGCAAGCUUCCGGUUCACAUUGUCCUUGUUCAAGUUUUUCUUCACGGGUAUGAUCCCCGAGGUGAUUAUGCACACACGGUCCCAAGACGAGGAGCAAGUCCGGGACCAUUAUGACCGUGGCGACGACUUCUACAGCUGGUUCCUGGGCCCUCGCAUGAUCUACACCUCGGGCAUCAUCUCGGACAUUCGCCACGAGGAAUCGCUCGAGCAGCUCCAAGACAACAAGCUGGCCAUUGUGUGUGAAAAGAUCGGUUUGCAGAAAGGUGAGCGGAUGCUCGAUAUCGGCUGUGGAUGGGGCACUCUGGCCAAAUACGCCAGUGUGCACUACGGUGCCCAUGUCACGGGUAUCACGCUAGGUCGGAACCAAACUGCUUGGGGCAACAACGGGCUCCGUCAGGCAGGCAUCGGCGAGGAUCAGAGCAAGAUCCUGUGCAUGGACUACCGCGACAUCCCGGUCCCCGAGGGCGGGUACAAGAAGAUCACAUGUCUCGAAAUGGCCGAGCAUGUCGGUGUGCGGCAUUUCGGAGCGUUCCUGAACCAGGUCUACAACAUGUUGGAUGACGAUGGUGUUUUCUUCCUGCAGUAUGCCGGUCUCCGCAAGUCGUGGCAGUACGAAGAUCUGAUCUGGGGCUUGUUCAUGAACAAGUACAUCUUCCCGGGAGCCGAUGCGUCCACACCCCUGGGAUUCGUUACCGACAAGCUCGAAGGCGCCGGCUUCGAGGUCAAGAGCAUCGAUACCAUUGGCGUGCACUACUCCGCCACCCUCUGGAGAUGGUACCGUAACUGGAUCGCCAACCAGGACAAGGUCAAGGCCAAAUAUGGCACUAGAUGGUACCGCAUUUGGGAGUACUUCUUGGCUUAUUCUACCAUCGUCGCCAGGCAGGGCAGUGCCACUUGCUUCCAGAUCACUCUGGUCAAGAACCUCAACAGCACCCAUCGCAUCGAGGGUGUCGACACCCAGUUCGGUCUGCAUGGCGCCCUGCAUGCCGGCCAGGCUCGUUUGGAAGGUCUGCCUACCAAGGCUGGUCUGAAUGGUAGUGCUGUUAAGACUGAGCUUGUGGCAAGGUAG